GGAAGUGCGCUCUCCUGUGUGGAAGCGGUGUCCGGCUCGGUGGUCGCUCCGGGCAGCCGUCGCUUCUCCUGCCGGCUCUGGGGCGCAUCCCGCGGCGGCGGGGCGCCGGGCGAGCGCCAUGAGCACCAUGUUCGCCGACACGCUGCUCAUCGUCUUCAUCUCCGUGUGCACCGCCCUGCUGGCCGAGGGCAUCACCUGGGUCCUGGUGUACCGGACCGACAAGUACAAGAGGCUGAAGGCCGAGGUGGAGAAACAGAGCAAAAAACUGGAAAAGAAGAAGGAAACCAUAACAGAGUCAGCUGGUCGACAACAAAAAAAGAAAAUAGAGAGGCAAGAAGAGAAACUGAAGAAUAACAACAGAGAUCUGUCGAUGGUUCGAAUGAAAUCCAUGUUUGCAAUUGGCUUUUGUUUUACUGCCCUGAUGGGAAUGUUCAAUUCCAUAUUUGAUGGUAGAGUGGUGGCAAAGCUCCCCUUCACCCCUCUUUCUUACAUCCAAGGGCUGUCUCAUCGGAACCUGCUGGGAGAUGACACCACAGACUGCUCCUUCAUCUUCCUGUACAUCCUGUGCACCAUGUCAAUCCGACAAAACAUCCAGAAGAUUCUCGGCCUUGCCCCGUCACGCGCUGCCACCAAGCAGGCGGGUGGAUUUCUUGGCCCUCCACCUCCUUCUGGGAAGUUCUCUUGAUCUCCAGCAGGACCUUGACUUCUUGGCAUUCUUUUACACUCUCAGAUCAGACUGGCAACUGUUUUGCAGCAUGAGCGAUGGUGGCCUUGGUACUGGGGCCACCUUUAGCCUGACCUCCUCUUGGCUUUCUGCUGUGAUAGCAGGAGAGGGGCAUCAGUGAGAGGACAGUGCUUCUACUCACAGAGAGCUUUUUGUUUUUGUUUUUAAAUAAGUGAAUUAACUAGUUAAGUUCAGGUGUUUUUUCUGUAAUUAAAAGUAAAUGUCAUCUUUCUGUUUCCAUUUUCAUGAGCAUUUCCUGUGGGAGUGCCGUGUUCCACGACGGCUGGCUCUCCAGAGCAUGGAGACUAAGUCUUGUGUUUUGUAAAGCCAAAACUGUCAUGAUCAAUAAAGAGGCCAGAUUUUUAGCUCUCGCAUCUAUAAGCAAAGAUGGUGCGUUUUGUUCUUGCGCAUCCUGAAACCAAGAAGAGUUCAAGUGUGUUUUCAUAUGCUGUUUUACCUCCCUUAACCUCCGGUAAUCUACCUGGAGAGCUGUUGGGGUAGGAAUUGGAAAGCAGAAAUGGAAAGUGUGACUCUUGAGAGCUGAAAAGCGAGGUCCUCCGUACCUCCCUGCGUCCACUUCAYGUCUACCUUCAUGUGAGGGCAUCUCCGUCUUCCCUGCAGCCAUGGUUGUGGUCACACAUGGCUGAUCUUCAGUUUCCUUUUAGUCACAGUGACCUUCACUGCUUAUCCUGCUUCUUCGUUAGGGGGACGAGUGCCUAUGCCAUGGUCCUUUUCCCAGUCCUGCCUAAAGUGAUAACCCUGUCCAAACACUGACACACUCAGUCUCCAUAGAAGUGGGUUUCGUAUCAGUGGGGAAAAGUGGUGACUGUUACACCAACAGCAGACUCUCACUAGCAGCUGUGAAGUCCAGAAGGCAGUGGAUAAUAACCUUCAAAGUGCUGAGGAAGAUCAGUAUCAACUUGGAACUUUAUGCCCAGCUAAACCAUAAGAUUGGGAGCAAACUAAAGACAUCCUGAGAUGUCCAUGAUCCACGAGUUAUUAAAGGGCAUAUUUCGGAGACAAAACAGAAGACYACUUGGGGAAAAGUAUGGGAGACUAGAAACCAUGGUCAGAGAAAUUGCUUAAGUAUGCAGAUAAACACAUUCCAUGGAUUAUUAAGGAUUAUCUCAAGACAAUACCCAUUCUUACUCAUCUGACAGAUGAAGCUAAAAGCAAGAGAGGUUAUACAGCUUGCUCAAUGUCACACAGCUGUGGAGUGGCAGAGUCGGCCAUUUGACUCCGUGGUCUCAGAGCCUCUCCACAGGUCCUCCCUUGCCUCCUUGGUGGACAGAACUUAGUAGACAGAAAGUUGGCCUUUGUUUUUUGUUAGUUUGUUCCUUUGCGGUUGAACCCAGAGGUGAUUACCACUGAGCCACAUCCUCAGCGCCUUUCAAGUUUCAUAUUGAGGGGGGUCUCCUCGAGUUGCCCAGGCUGGCCUUAACUUGUGGCCCUCCACCUCAGCCUCCAGAGAGCUGGUGUUACAGGCAUGCACCUCCAUGCCUGGCUUGUCUUCCUUUUCUUAAUCUGUCUUCUCAAAAUGGUCAACACGGGUGAGAACACAGCAGGAGCUUAAGAAAAGCAGAAAUCUCUGAGGUCACUGCCCUCAGGGAUGUUGGUAACAUGACUUUCUGGGGUCUUUUCCCCCAUCAUCGUGGACUGCUCCAAGAAGAAUGAUAAUUGAAAGAAUCAUAAGCAAAGUUCACAAUAAGAAUGGCAACGAAGAGGGAAUAAAGUUUAGCGGGAGAAGGAGCCCUCCUCAGGAUUCUGCCCUCAUUUUGGUGCAGUGGGACUAUGGCCACCGAGUCUUUGGCGCCAGUUCCUUCAGGGCAGGUGUAUUUUGGUUCUCCUGUUUCUAUGGUAAAGAGUAAAUACAGGAGAGGAAAAAGCAGAGAUAACGUACUUUCACCAAUUGAGCCCAGCACAUACACCCCCAGCCUCUUUUAAGUUUUGUGUUGAGACAGGGUCUCCCUGAGUUGCCCAGCUGUCCUAGAACUUGUGAUCAUACUCCUCAGCCUCCAYAGUCACUGGGAUUACAGGUGUGCACCAGCAUGUUCAUCCCGCUCUUGAAAAAGCACUGCAGGCUGAGAUGUCGCUCAGUGGCAGGUCAUUUUCCUAGGGUGCCCAGCCACACCAAAGAACGACACCACAACCAGCACUGCAGCAGGGAUGCAUUACAGAGGAGAGAGAGCUGUUGAGUCACAGGAUGUGGGUUCACUGUGGACUUGUCCUGAAAAAAUUUCCAGCCCAGUCAUUUGAUGCUUCUCGAUCUGGAGCAUCACUUUUAAGACGACACUGCGAGCCCGAGAGGUUCCAACAUCUCCCAGAAUCCACCAUCUGGCAGAUGUCCUGUGUAAGACAGAUUGUGCCUUUUCUAGGAAAAAAGAACCCAGCAGUUAGCUGCAUUGCACUUGCACUGUGACAUACUGUGUGAUGAACUUAAAAAUGCCUCCAACGCAGGUCAGCCUGGUGUACUGACAGACUGCGUUUCAGAGCUGAGCUAAGGUAAGAAGUGGAAAGCUGCGGUGCGCAGGAGCCAGAUGCCUGUGAGCAGUGGGCUCUCUUCCAGCAGGCAUUCCCUUCCAAUAGGGCAGGGACUUCAAACAACAUGGGGUCGAAGAGCAAAUGGGUCCCCUACAUCUAAAGCAAAAGCAGCCUGCUACUUACUAGUAGGUGGUGUGUGUGUGAGAGAGAAAUGCGAGCAUGCACUAAUUUUAUUAUUUAAAAGAAGAGUAAGAUUCAGAACUCCUGGCACAGCACGCCUGGGACUAGUAGAUUUUUAAAUAAAAUAUAU